GAAAGAUGAAGCCGCUUUGAAAGUAUCCCAAUGCGCUGCUGUACGGAAACGCGUUUGAGAUCAUGAACGGAAAAUAAACUAGUGAUUCUACGUAUAAGACGAAAACGACUGAAAGGUCUUUCAUCUUUACGGCUUUGUUUAGGCCCCUGUUGGUCCCCUGACAUUUAUCGGGUCCCCUGAGAAGGAAUUUGUAUUGAAGAACUGCGCACAGGAUUCAAGGCAAUGAGUGAAAGAGGAUAGUAGAGCAAGGACAGGAAAAGAUGUGAAGAGAGAUGGAGAACAGCAUCGGGAAUGUUGGUUUCUCUGCUUCUACUCUACUAAGGCGCAAUCGUUUGGCCAUGACAGAGUCUGACAUGUCCAUGCUAUCCAGGAGUGCUACCCAGGACUCAUCAGUGGUUAAGGGCACUUCAGCAGAUGGGGAUCCUAACUUCCCCAUGUCUUCUCUGGCAGAACUACUGGAGAAUGAUGAUGGACCACAACCAACCCAAGAUUUACCCCAGGAUGCAGUUCGAUCUGGGCAACAGGGUGAAAGCAAGCAGAACAUGCGGAUAAGAUUCCCAGGGGCCUUUAAAAAGGCUGUUCCUAACCCCAUGGACCUUCUGGAGUCCACCAUAUCAGAUUAUCCAGUGGCACCUGGCCCAAAGAAGGCUCCAAUGGACUCCCUCUUUGACUAUGGCACGUGUAGAGAGGUUAACAACCAGAAAAAAUGGAGGAAGAAGCUUCCACGGGGAAAAGCAGAGAUUGAGAUGUCAUGUGAUGAGGGAUCCCCAGACCCCCCAGUUCUUAAAGUCUUCAAUCGCUGGCUGUUGUUUGAAGCUGUAUCUCGAGCAGAUCGGAGAGCUCUGGAUGGUCUAUUGCAAUACCUACAGUCACAUGAAAAGAGGCUAACAGAUGAGGAGUUCAAAGAGCUUUCUACGGGGAAAACGUGCCUGCCAAAAGCACUGCUGAAUCUGCACAAUGGUCAGAAUGACACCAUCCCUAUGUUGAUGGACAUCGCAGAACAGACAGGAAACCUUAGAGAAUUCAUCAACACGCCCUUCAGAGAUGUCUAUUACAGGGGUCAGACAGCACUACAUAUUGCCAUAGAGCGCCGUUGCAAACAGUAUGUGGAGCUGCUGGUGGAGAAAGGGGCAGAUGUCCAUGCACAGGCCAGGGGCAGAUUCUUCCAACCUAGAGAGGAGGGAGGAUAUUUCUACUUUGGUGAGCUGCCCCUCUCACUAGCAGCUUGUACCAACCAACCAGACAUGGUGCAUUACCUGACUGAGAAUGCCAACAAGACGGCAGAUCUGCGAAGACAGGACUCCCGGGGAAACACAGUCCUGCAUGCCCUGGUUCAUAUUGCAGACAACACUCGGGACAACACACGUUUUGUCACUAAAAUGUAUGACUUACUGCUUACUAAAUGUGCCAAACUCUACCCAGACGGCAACCUGGAGAAUGUGCUCAAUAAUGAUGGCAUGUCCCCUCUUAUGAUGGCCGCUAAGCUUGGGAAAAUUGGGGUGUUCCAGCACAUAAUUCGGAGAGAGAUCAAAGAUGAGGAAGCUCGUCACCUCUCCCGGAAGUUUAAGGACUGGGCCUAUGGACCCGUGUACUCAAACCUCUAUGAUCUGUCCUCCCUGGAUACCUGUGGAGAAGAAGUCUCUGUUCUGGAGAUUCUUGUCUACAACAGCCGGAUUGAGAAUCGCCAUGAGAUGCUGGCAGUGGAACCCAUUAAUGAGCUGCUGAGGGCCAAGUGGCAGAAGUUUGCUGCUGUGACCUUCUACAUCAGUGUGUUUUCCUACCUUUUUACCAUGGUCGUCUUCACUCUUGUGGCCUACUAUCGCCCAUCAGUGGGAAAACCCCCUUACUCCUACAAUACUACAGAAGACAAGCUGCGUUUGGCAGGAGAGAUAAUAACCGUGGCAUCUGGAGUCUUUUUCUUUGUAACAAACAUUAAGGACCUUUUCCUGAAGAAGUGCCCCGGGGUUAAUUCCUUAUUUAUUGAUGGAUCCUUUCAACUCCUCUACUUCAUCUACUCUGUGUUGGUGCUGGUGGCUGCAGUGCUGUACUUGUCAGGAAUUGAGGCCUACGUGUCUGUGAUGGUGUUUGCUCUAGCACUAGGUUGGAUGAACACCCUCUAUUUCACCAGAGGCCUUAAACUCACUGGAACCUACAGCAUCAUGAUUCAGAAGAUUCUAAUCAAAGAUUUGUUCCGGUUCUUGCUGGUGUAUGUGCUCUUCAUGAUUGGCUAUGCAUCAGCAUUAGUUUCACUGCUGACCAUCUGUCCUGAUGAGGAGACAUGCAAGGAUGCAUGCCCCAAAUAUCCAGAAUGCCGAGAUACGAACACCUUCAGUGAAUUCCUGUUGGACCUGUUUAAGCUGACCAUAGGCAUUGGAGAGCUGGACGACAUGCUCAAAGGCGCACAGUACCCCGCCGUCUUCCUCAUUCUCCUAGUCACCUAUAUUAUUCUUACCUUCGUCCUGUUACUCAACAUGUUAAUUGCUUUGAUGGGGGAGACAGUGGGACAAGUGUCCAAAGAGAGCAAGGAGAUCUGGAAACUACAGUGGGCAACCACUAUCCUUGACAUUGAGCGUUCCUUCCCUGUGUGUCUACGGAGGUCCUUCCGUGUUGGAGAGAUGGUGACUGUGGGCAAGAACUUGGAUGGAAUACCAGACAAACGUUGGUGCUUCAGAGUUGACGAAGUAAAGUGGUCCCACUGGAAUCAAAAUCUGGGGAUCAUAAAUGAGGAUCCUGGCCAGAAAGACCAUUACGAACACACGCAGGGAGGGCGAGGUCUUCGAAGAGAUCGCUGGUCCACGGUCGUCCCAAGAGUGGUUGAUCUGAAUAGGGGCUCCAGAGACCAUGUUCUAGAGAUGGAGCCUCUCACGGGUAGACACAGACACAAGUCUGAAAGCUAAAGCAGGACAAUAGAGGGCCACAAACCCUUGAAACUGUUUUUAUAGAGGAAUUCUGUAUUUUCUUUAAGAUGUCAGAAUUUCGAGAGUUUUUAAAUAAAUAUCUAUAU